UGGUAUGCGGGCAUACUAAAGUAAAUACCACAUCUUCAAUUAAAUUCUUAAUCUUGUACCAACUGACAACGUGACACAUUAAAAAAGAAGUAAUCUCUCGCAAUGGCUCCAUUUAAUAAUUGUUCAUGUUGCCAAAUCAGGACUAGAAAAGUUAUAAGACAUCCUUAUACUAGGAAGAAUAUCUACGUGUGUCCGGCUUGUUUCAAGACCAACAAAUACCAAGAAAAAGGUAAUCGAAGGAAAGUCCAACCGGAAGAAGACAACGCAAAGGAGAAUGUUGAGAAGCAGACCAAUGAGCCGGAGAAACCAUUGGAAACUCAACAAAACGAAGAAAAUAACGUCCAAAAAGACCUUGAUAAGCCCCUGGAACAUCAGGAAGCGGAAAAUGAAGCCCCAAAGGAAGAGGAAGACAAACCUACGGAGAACGUUCAGGAGAAGAUUUUGCAGAACGAUGUGGGUGAGGAAAUGCAGACUGGCUCGACAACAAAUGACAAUAUCCCCUCAAAAAUCACGCCUCCACUAAUGGAAAUCGUGGUAAUGAAUAACCGAAAAUAUAUUGCUGUCAGUGAGACAGCCAAUGCCGUGAAAGAAUGAGUGAAAGUUAAGUAACCUUGUUGCUACCCUAGCGUAUUUAUGUAUAUUUUGAACAAGCUCUGGUAAUCAUAACUACACACUAACACA